GGGGGCUAGAGGAGGUACAUGAGCAAGAGACACUGGAAACCAGAAAGAGACAGAACUUUUCCCCUGACUCUCCCCUUACCCAACUGCCUGGUAAACAAGAUGAGGGCUGCACUGCUGCUGCUGUUAGUCACUCUCAUCACCAUCAAAACUGUAGCAGGAGGGAAAAACAAAAAAGAGAAAAACAAACCCUCCCAGUACGGGCCAGAAUGCACUGACUGGCGCUAUGGCAACUGUGUGCCUAGCAACGGGGACUGUGGAGCAGGGUUUAGGGAGGGGUCAUGUGACCAGCAGACCAAGAAGAUGAAAUGUAAAGUACCUUGCAAUUGGAAAAAAGACUUUGGAGCUGACUGUAAGUAUCGGUUUGGUAGUUGGGGAGAGUGUGAUCCAAGUUCUGGCUCACGGACCAGAACAGGGACAUUGAAAAGGGCUCUGUACAAUGCAGAGUGUCAACAGACUAUUUCUGUCUCCAAACCCUGCCCUGAAACCAAGACAAAAACCAAAGGAAAGAAGAGAAAAGGCAAGGGGAACUAGAAACAAGGUAUAGAGGCGAGUCUCCGGGGACAGAAAAGAUUCUUCAGAGUUAAAGAACAGACAAAAUACCUGUCUGAACCAGCAGUCCUUUCACAGCUGGACAGUGGCCCCAACGUUUAUAGAUUUAUAGCCU